AUGUCUUCCCCAAGUGAUGACGAGGCUGUCAUUAUUGACCGUGGUGAUGUUAGCAACUAUAAUCCCAGACAGAUAUUGCCCGAGUCACCAGAGGUCAUUCAAAUGCUCAGAGCCUGGCUCAAGCCAACCUUGUACGACUUCGAAAGCAGCGAGUACCGCAAACACCUGAGUUGCCACGUCCGAGGCACUGGUGACUGGCUGAAGACCGACAUCUCAUACAAGGAUUGGUUGCAGAGCGAAGACACCGGACUCCUCUGGAUCAAGGGGAUCCCAGGAUCCGGGAAAUCGGUAUUGGCGUCAAGCAUCAUCAGGGAACUCUCAGCCAAUGACCAAGGAAGUCCAGUACUGUACUUCUUCUUCCGACAAAUCAUCGACGCAAAUCACGAACCCGUUGCGCUUCUCAGAGAUUGGCUGGAUCAAAUCUUGACGUACAGCCCGCCUCUCCAAAAUAAGUUGAAAGGCUAUGUCGGAGAAGGGGGAUAUGGCACAAAAACUCGAGCACUUGACAGCAUGUCAAUGCAAGACUUGUGGGAAGAUCUCCGACUCGCGUUUUCUGGACUCCCUGGGCGGGUCUAUUGUGUCGCCGACGCUCUCGAUGAAAUGGACCAUGGCAAUGAUGCCUUCCUGAAAGCUUUGGCUGAGCUUGGGAGCUGGAACCCUUCGAAAGUCAAAGUGCUGAUCACGAGCCGUCCAGUCCCCGCUGUCGAGGGUCCUUUGCGACAAGCAAAGUGUAUCCAGAUCCGUCUCCAGGAGAAGAUGGUCGACGCCGACAUUUCGACCUUUGUACGAUGGGGAUUGGAGAACACCAGUAUCUGUCAUGAAGAUCGACAGCUGAUCCAAGAGGCCAUCCCUGGCCGGGCGAAUGGUCUCUUCCUAUAUGCUAAACUGGCCAUGGAUGCUUUCCUAGAGCCGGGUGCCAACAUCAAGGCAGUUCUUGACUCUCUGCCAGCCGACAUGAAUCAGAUGUACACCGACUUGCUCCGUGAACACUCCCACAGGUCUGGAGUCCCUGACGCAAUACAACGUCGAAUCCUGCAGUUGGUAACCCAUGCGACACGACCGCUCAGAAUCCUUGAGAUAGCUGAGAUGAUCAAUGUUACACACAACAAGAACACCGAUCAAGAUUUGAGGUCUACCAAGGACCUCGUCAGGACUGCAUGCGGCCCCCUCUUGGAGAUCUUGGCUGACGAGACCAUCUGCGUUAUUCACCACUCCUUGACGGAGUACCUCAAGGGCACGACCAGAUUGCCUGAUGAUGAUGGCUACCCGGUGCUUGAUUUUGGGGAGACACACGCGAGUCUAGGCUCCGCAUGCGUGGCUUACUUGUUGUCCGGUAUCUUCGACGAAGUCGAAAAACCACAAGACACCAAAGACAUCAAACUGAAGCUCAAGUACCCUUUCUUAGUUUACGCGCUGAACAGCUGGCAUGUCCAUGUUGCUAGAUCGACAGCCGCAGGCUACGAUCAGACCGACGUCAACCUGGCCCUGGAAAAGCUGAUGCGAGAUCCAGACUCUAGCGAGACCUGGACCAAAUUUCAGUGGUUCACCGUAGGCAAUGCCAGCUCUGGGAUCACACCUCUGCAUACCGCAGCGAUGCAUGGGCUCACUGCGUACGCAAGACACCUGCUCUUGUCUCCGGUCAAUGUUGAUGCAGUGGACGAUCACGGCAAGACCCCAUUAUGGUGGGCUGCCUCAAGGGGGAUGUCAGAAGUGGUUCAGGUCUUAAUAGAUGCUGGCGCGAAUCCUGACCAGGAAGAGACUUUCAGCGGUCUCAAGCCUCUACACGAGGCCGCUUCGAAGAACCACCCUGAGGUUAUCAAAGUCCUUUUGGGCUCCGGAGUGGACCCAUUGACGAAGAAGACUAAGGAGCAUCCAGGAAAUUGGUGUGGAAAUGCACCGUGUUCGACUGGACACACGCCUCUGAUGUAUGCUUGUCGGAACGGACAUCUUGAGGCCCUAGAGGCAUUUCUGCCUUUUCUCAAGGAUGAAGAAUCUGUUCAUCAAGCGCUUGCCUGGUCUGCUGAAAGAGGCCGACACGAUCUAGUCCAUCGGAUCCUCCAACACCCCGGAGUCGACAUAAACCGCAAGGUCAAUGACGCGACACCUCUGUUCCUGGCAAGCCAUUGGGCACAGAUUAAGACCAUGAAGCUGCUGCUGAAUGAGGGGGCCGAUCCUACAAUACGGUGCGAGUAUUAUGACGAAUUCACUGGGUCGGGAGGGUCGGGCCAGGCGAGGCGUCUCAUGAGGCAAUUCCGUUUCAGAAAUGGCGAAGACGACCAAUCCAGGGUUUGGGGAUUUACAGCAUUGUAUUCCGCACUCGAAGGCUUCCGGCGCAGAAUGAAACCGGAAGGCGAGGCAGAGGAGCUCAAGAGCCUGCUAGACCUCUUCGUCGACAAAGGGGCCGAUAUCCAUGACCGGUCACCUUCCGGCGAUUCUCUUCUGCACAUAGCGGCCAGCAACCCCGUUUGGCUCAGAAUUCUGGUCGACGCAGGUGUUGAUACCAAUGUCGCCAAUGACAAGGGGCACACUGCUCUUCACCAGUUGAUGUCGGUUGAAAGCUUGUCUAUACUGCUGGAAAAUGGCCAGGCGGACAUUAACAGAAAGGCAACUUCUAAUGGAAAAACGCCACUCCUUUUCUCGCUUGAUGGGUAUGCCCAGCCAGCCCUUUGGCUCAUCGAACACGGAGCCGACUGCACCAUUGUCGACAACGACGGUAAUGGGCCGCUGCAUAUCGCGUUGCAAUCCCGACACUCAAAGCCGGAAGUCAUUGAAGCGCUCCUCAGGGCUGGUGCAGACCUGAAUUUGAGGAACAAAUCCGGGCAAACGCCCCUUGAUGUAAUCUUCUCACAAAAUUCAGCCGUAUUCGAUUUGAUGAACGUCAUGAUUGAGGCAGGCGCCGACAUAAACGCAAGGGACAGUAAGAGUGGCGCGACACUCCUCUUCCGCACCAUCGCCGGGCUUGACUUCGAAUCAGAAAAGGACUACCGAGAUGCUAUCACGAGCCUCUUGGAACGCGGGGCUCUGUUGGAAUCUCGAGAUUAUGAGGGAAGAACCUUGCUUCACGAGGUGAUCAAGACACAGAAAGGGCCACAGGCCUCUUUCCGCGACCCAGAGCCUGGUCCUUCCCGCUUCGAUUUCCUCGUGGGUCUGGGCCUGGAUAUCCAUGAAACAGAUUAUCAUGGCAAUACUUUGCUGCACGAGCUAUGCUGGCGGAUCAAUACCGACCGCCAUACGGCAGACAAUCUCGCUCUGUUGAAAAUGCUCCUCAAAUUGGGCAUUGAUGUCAAUCGGCCCAACAACCGUGGUCGAAUACCGCUCCAUCGGCUUUGCGUUAAGGCUGAGAGUGAUCUCGACGUCAGGGAUGACACUAUCCUGGAUCUGGUCAUUUCCCGUACGAAAGACAUCAACGUUCGUGAUAGGGACGGGAUUGCGCCGUUGCAUCUAGCUGUCACUGUGUCGGAAAAUCACACGAAAAAGCUGCUCGAAGCUGGUGCCGACCCUACGAUUGAGACGUUCGAAGGGUUGACACCGCUUCACCUCGCCGCUAGAUCUCGGCAAGGCAAUAUCGUUGGCAUGCUUAUCGACGCUCUCCAUCGACUAGGCUCAGAUCAGCCACCUAGGGACCUGAUGAACCAAGGAGCUUGGUUGAAAGGACCGAGCAACAGCGCAAGUAGAGGAGUCAACGCUGAAGCCAAAGGAACCACACCACUCUACUAUGCCUGUCUCUCAGGACGACCAGAGAUAGUGUCCAUGCUCUUCGACGCCGGAGCAGACGUCAAAGGGAGGAACUUGAGGGCUGCAAUCAUUGGAUUCGAGGAGGAACUCGAACUCUGGCACAGCAAGGCCCCUCAUGAUGCGGAGAAUGGAGCUUGUGGUGGUCUUACAAAGGAAGACGUUACACGCCCGCAUUUUGGGAGGUACCGUGACAGCAGUUGGCCUGUCAAUCCACUCGACGACACUGCAAGACUCGAAGAAAUCAUUGAAAUGGUUCUGGACCAUGGCGGUGAUCUGCCCGAGGGCAUUUUCGGAAUGCAUAUUACAAGAUGCCAGUGUGGGGGAAUGACCGACACAACAUCCGACUGUCGGGAAUAUGCGAUGAAGUGCCUGUCAGAUGCAAGCAGAACGCGACCAUUGACGAAUUCGAAAGCUUUGGCGCGACUUCGGUCCAGAGAACCAACUUUCGACGAGAAGCUCAUCCCUCACCGGCGUGAAGCCAUGCGCAAGGCACUUGGUGAGCCUGGAAUCAUUGAGCCAGGGACAGCAAAUGAGCACUUGUUCCUCACGCUACUCGGACGUCGGGAGUACGAGGUGAUGGAAGAUUUAGUUCUGGCGGGCGUUGACUUCCUCGCCCCCUACAGGACAUAUGGGCUUACUAACUUGGCAACUCUCGUGAAAGGAGGUUUCACUUCUCUUGUAAAGCGGAUUGGCUCGCUCGUGGCUCAGGAACAAGUCGACAAGGGCAUCUGGUCUGCCCCACCGGAUGGAACCCAGCCCGUGUUCGGUCACAAUAGGACAUGGACCCAUGGCGGCGUACCGGAAGCCUACAGGUUCGAGUAUUGCAAGCCAUUUUUGUUACAAGCAGUUCACCAAGAUGUGCCUAUGUUGGACAUGGUCCGUCUUCUUGUAGAGGACUUCGGAGUUGCCAUUGAUGAGCUGCACGGACAAUACAAGCCGGUUGAUGGUGGGUACGAACUCGAGUCGCCGAGAGACAGUGCUCUUCACUCGCUCGCCAAAGGAUCCCACUGGUGGCAUGUCGCUCAGGCUCUGCCAUACUUGAUCAAAAAAGGCGCAAACCUCGAGGUCAGGAACUCGGAAGGCCACACACCACUGCAUAUAGCCCUAGGCGCUGCUCAUCACCUCGGGAUUUUUCACCAGAACGCCGCUUUUCAACUUAUUCUGGGUGGAUCAGAUGUUAAUGCUACAGAUAAAGCGGGACGAAGUUGUCUUCACCAUGCCGGUCGUGAUGUCGAAAUGACUCGUCUGUUGGUUGAACACGGAGCGGCGAUACACGCCGAUGCAAUUUUUGGUGCAAUUAAUAACAGGCAGCCCAGAGUGCUUGAUGUUUUGCUAUCGGCGGGUGGCGAUGCCAACAUUGGUAUGAAGAAGAAUCACAACGAACGCUGGCAGUUCCAUGGUGGGUUCAUACAUCAGUGGUAUCCCUUGCAUCACGCCGCGGCGAUGUCGAGCCAAAACACCCACGACAAGAAAGCGCUUUGCGCUGCAGGUCUGAGAUUGAUCGAAGUCCUCUUGUCGCACGGAGCCAACCCAUUCGCUACUUUUGUGAAAUGCUCUGGGGAGGAAUGCUAUCGCCAAAAGAUUGACUCCCGACGAGUUGCGGAUGACUUAAGUGGCUCGAGUCGCGUUGCCAGACUACGCGGUCGCGUUGGCAGACUACGCCGUGAGAAGGACGCCACGGCAGACCCCGAUAAACCACAUCAGCAUGAGGAAUGCGUUGUCCUGCACCAGCUCCUAGCUGACGGAUACAUUGUGCACCCCUUCUUGGAACUGCCAGGUAUCGACGCAAAUACCCGGGACGGCAGUGGUCGAACCCUUCUCCACGCAGCUUGCUCCUCUAGACGAGGUCCCGAUGUGCCGCUAACUCUGGCCCCUUGGGAUCCAUGGGACCCCAAAACAUCGACAGAGAUAUCUGUAUUCGGCCAUCUCGUCUCCAUCGGCGCGGAUCUGGGAGCACGGGACGACUUGGGACAGAACGUGCUACACCACAUGCUUCGGUGUCCUCCGCACCGCUUCUACCAGAUACCAGCUAUUCAAAAGUCACUUGAAUUUACGCUAGAGAACCAACUAUCGAUUAUUAACCAGAAGGACAAAGACGGCAAGACGCCCUUGCACUUGGCAACCGACCGAGCCAUUUGCGAAAAGAGUACAACAGCAGCUGACGCACUUCUCGAGGCCGGAGCCGACCCUCUCAUCGCAGACAACGAGGGCAACACGGUCCUUCACAUCGUGUCUCGCAUGCUGUGGGUCUCCUCCAUGCGGCCCCUCUUCAAGAAGCUCAUCGAGCUCGGGUGCGACGUCAACGCCCGCAACUCGAAAGGCGAGACACCGUUGUUCUGGUACAGUCGCGGGUUCAGGGAAGGCAAGCUCGAUAUUUACAAACACAAUCUCGAAACAGCGACGUACGACGAAGAGGGCGGUAUCGCGGCGUUCGAGGCGGCAGGCGCGGACUUUGGCGCGCUGGACAGCGUCGGGCAGAGCAUAUUGCACGUUGCGGCGAAGGGUCACGCCCGUCGGUUCAAGGCUCUGAUGGCGAGGGGGCUGGACCCCAUGGUGGAGGAUAACGACCGGAAGACGGCGGUUGAUAUCGCGGCUGCUUGUGGGAAUGAGGGGGUGUUGAGGCUAUUCGAGCGGGCUGAUGCUGUUCGCGAUGACAAAGAGAACGAUGACGAUGAAUCGGUUGAUUUGAAUGAUGUUUUCUGGGCUUGA